AUGUACUUUUCCGGCGAAAACUCGAUCUGUGGUACGGGCGACGGCGAGACUACGCUGUUCAAGAUCUCCAAACGGCUCAACUUUGACGUGCACCACGAAUUUGCGGCGCUUGACUACAUCUGGCGCAAUUUGCCCGUGCAAUGGUGGAGUGUCAAGCCGGUAGGUGUGGAUACGGUGCCCGUAGACCCGGACGUGUUUGCGGGAUUACUGGAGCGCAUGGAUACACCCGAGACCCUCCGUGACGAUCCCGCCGACCUAUUUGACGUGGGCAUUGACAAGAUUGUUGUUGACAUGCUGUGCACCGAGCGGCUCACGCGGAUACAAAGCGCCGUUGACAACCGCACGUACGCAUCGACGGCCAACUACGCCGCGCAGACGCUGGCGGCGUUCCACAACCUAAUGUCCAACCGCGUCACACACUACGAUGCGCACAGUGAGAACAUGGUGACGACGCCGUGCUCGGUGGAUCUCAUGUUUGUGUACGAGCCGCUGCAGAUGGCGAUCCCGACACUGGGGGUGUGUAACAAGGUGAUUGACUUUGCAACGUGCUACACACCGAACGUGGACAAGCAGUUCUUUACCAGCCCGCUGAUCUUUGUCAACAGCAACUACCUGACGUACCGGUACGAUGCGCUGACUGACCUGCGGACGUCCAUGAUCCAACUGGCCAACGACAUGUCGGAGAUUCUGGGUCCCGAUAGUCCCGCUGAGCCGCCCAUGUUUACCGGACACGUUUUUAAGGCCAAGGAACUGCUGGCGGAGAUCACGGCCCUGAACCACCGGUUCUGGAACACGUACUAUCUGGACCGGCACACGGGACGCAUCGAGACGGGACUGGCGGGCAAGGAGGAGUACGUCGAGAUGCUACUCAAAGACGACAAUCUCGACACGGCUUUUAUGAUGCACGAGCUCGUGUACUUGGCUCAGUCGCACGUGCAGAACCGCGAGUACAAGGACUGGGUGGCGCUGUACAACACCAAGACGCGCGUGGAAAUUGUGGGUCUUGUCAACCAACUAGCGGUGCAUUUGCUGCCACUGGUGGACGUGUGUGAGGACGAGCUGUCACAGUCGUACUUUUGCCGCAUACUGGUCAAGUACAUGUCGGACGCCGUGCGGUUGCACGAGACGGCGGCGGAGGAGGGGUCGGACACAAAGGGCAUUGCGCGCGCGCGGUUUGGGUCGCGCGUGAUGCUCGAGUUUGGUAUGUACCGCAACAUGGAGGACAUCCCGGCCAUGGACUUUGAGAAAUUGUACGAUAUGCUGGUGGCGUUCGUGGGUGUGGUGGAUUUCCUGUUGGCGCGAGAGAUUGUGAAGAACGAGCGCAUCUACGACGGCGUGUACGCGGAUCUGGACGCCAAGGUUGUGUAUGGCGAGUACGCGGCCGUGAUAUGCCGCCAUCUGCUGAUGCCACCCACGACACCGUACACCAAGUUCUGCUUCAGCAGCGAGCCGCAGCGCGUGGUCGCGAUUCCGUCCAACUGCGGCACGCUCAUAAAACAGCUGGAUGCGGCCAGGACAACGCCAAUCGAGUACUAUGCGAUACUACAGAAGAACAGAGCCCUGAUGGUUCCCAUCAAGAUGUCGGCCGAGCACGCCAUGUCGUUGUUCCCGUGA